AUGGAAGUAACAGCAGCUAGUUGGGUGGCACUAAGCCUUGUCUUUGUAAGCAUAGUAGUAAGGUUGGCAUGGAGUGUGCUGGACUGGGUGUGGCUCAAGCCAAAGAAGCUAGAAAGAUGUUUGAGGGAGCAAGGCUUUAAAGGCAAUUCUUACAGAAUCUUGUAUGGAGACACUAAGGACGAAUCUAUCAUGCGCGCAGAAGCAAAAUCUAAACCCAUGAAUAUCUCCACAUCCCAUGACAUAGGACCACAACUCGACGCAUUUGUUGAUAAAACAGUGAAAUCCUACGGAAAGAACUCUUUUGUUUGGAUUGGCCCCAUACCAAGAGUGAACGUAAUGAAUCCCGAAGAAUUGAAAGAAGUCUUCACAAGACAUGAAGAAUUUCGUAGGCCAAUAACAAACCCACUUAUUCUGUUGCUCACAUCAGGGCUCAAUUUCUGUGAAGGUGAGAAAUGGGCAAAACACAGAAGGAUUAUCAACCCAGCAUUCCAUUUCGAGAAGCUAAAGCUUAUGAUACCGGCAUUUCACCAAAGUUUUGAUGAGAUGAUCAAGGAGUGGGAGAGCGCAGUGUCGAAAGAAGGUUCAUCUGCCGAGUUGGAUGUCUGGCCUUCUCUUCAAAGUAUGACUGCGGAUGUGAUCUCUAGAACAGCAUUUGGAACUAACUACCAAGAAGGAAGGCAAAUGUUUGAACUCUUGAGGGAACAAACAAUACAUGUAACAAAAGCCUUACAUAGUAUUUACAUUCCAGGAUGGAGGUUUCUGCCAACUAAGAGGAACAUGAGGAUCAACAAGAUUAAUAAAGAAAUAAACGGUAUAGUCAGGGGUAUUAUUGAGAACAGAGAGCAGGCCACUAGGGCAGGUGAAGCCAGUGGAGAUGACUUGUUAGGUGCACUCAUGGAGUCAAACUUGAAGCACAUACAGGAAAAUGGGAAGAACAACAAGAAUGUUGGGAUGAGUAUCCAGGAUGUAAUGCAGGAGUGUAAGCUGUUUUACUUUGCUGGGCAAGAAACCACUUCGGUGAUGCUGGUUUGGACAAUGAUUUUACUUUCUCAAAAUCAGAAUUGGCAAGACCCAGCAAGACAAGAGGUUCUGCAAGUCUCCGGAAGCAAGAAGCCAGACUAUGAUGGCCUAUCUCACCUGAAAGUUGUAACCAUGAUUUUACUUGAAGUUCUACGAUUAUAUCCAGCAGGUGGUGCAACUAAUCGAAUCGUUCCUAAGAAUACUCAACUCGGGAAGUACUCACUACCAGCCGGAGUUGAAGUCCGCGUACCAAUACUGCUCAUUCACCAUGACAAGGAACUGUGGGGCGAUGACGCAAACGAGUUCAAGCCAGAAAGGUUUGCUGAAGGAGUUUCCAAGGCAACAAAGAACCAACUUUCAUACAUCCCAUUCGGAGCCGGUCCUCGGAUUUGCAUUGGGCAGAACUUUUCUAUGACGGAAGGAAAAUUGGCCUUAGCAUUGAUUCUGCAGCACUUCACCUUUGAGCUUUCUCCAUCUUAUGCUCAUUCUCCUUUCUAUCUGUUUACCCUUCAACCACAGUAUGGUGCUCCAAUCAUUUUACAUCGUCGUUAA